AUGUCGCUCCAGCAGCAACUCAAGAACUUCAACGCCAGCGUUGUGGACUACGCCCAUCGCAUGCCCCAGCAAAGACGGUUCGUCGGCAACAACAACAACGGCGGCUCCACCAGCACAUCCCAGGUCCCGUCCUCGACGCCCACGCCCACGCCGGGCAGCGAUGCACAGCGGAAGAGGCAAAAUGCCGACAUCGUCUACUCGCAGCCCGCCAACACCGGCACGGGCAAGGAUAUCAUGACCCAGGUGCUAUUUGCCAUCGAGCAUAUGAAAGCCAAGGGCGUACCGCUCAGGUUCUCCGACAUCGUCUCGUAUCUGUCUCUCCAGCACCGGGCAAACGACCAGGGCUAUAUCCAGGCGCUGCGCCGCAUUCUCCAGGUCCACGAAAAGGUCCAGUAUGACGCGAGCGGCGCGAACGGCGAAGGCACCUUUGCCUUCCGGCCGCCGCACAACAUCCGCACGGCGGAGCAACUUCUGCAGAAGUUGCAGGCCCAGUCGACUGCGGCGGGGAUGAGCGUCCGCGAGCUUCGGGAGGGCUGGCCCAACGUGGAGGACACGAUUAACCGGUUGGAGAAGGAAGGGAAGCUGUUGGUUACGCGGAACAAGAAGGACGAUCAUGCGAAGAUGGUCUGGGCCAAUGACCCGUCGCUGGUGCAGCACUUCGAUGAAGAGUUCCGCCAGAUCUGGGAGAAGAUCAAGAUUCCCGAUCAGCAGACCGUCAAGGAAGAGCUGGAAAAGGCAGGAAUCACGCCCACAAACAAGAAUAAGGUCGUUAAGGCCCGGCCGAAGAUCGAACAUAAGAAGGUCAAGAAGACCCGGCGCAGUGGCAAGACGACUAACACCCACAUGAUGGGUGUCCUGAGAGAUUAUUCUCAUCUCAAGCGGUGA